AUGGCAGCUGCCCCACCUCCUGUGGAGAGACUAUUAGGCGAUUAUGGGGGAGCAAAUGCCCCGCUUAGAAGGAUGACAAUCGUAAAUCAACCAGUCAAUGUUGCCCACUUUCAACUUCACCCCUCAACGAUACGGCAACUAGAAAGGAGACCUUUCUCAGGAAAAAUUAACGAAGAUGCCAACAAGCAUUUGCAAAGGUUUCUGACUAUGACUACGUCGUUAAAGAUUGAGGGGCAUUCUGAGGAAGCUAAGAAGCUGGUCAUGUUUCCGUUCACAUUGUCAGAAGAUGCUGAAGAGUGGUUCUACUCUUUACCUGCUGGAAGCAUCACAACUUGGCAACAGAUGGAGACAACUUUUCUCAACGAGUACUUUCCAGCCUCUAAUUUUGUAAAUGGUCUUCGGAUGAAGACUAAGCAACUCAUUGACACAGCAGCUGGUGGCUCAACUAACUUUAGAACAGCCACUGGUAUUAAAAAGAUUAUCGAAGCCAUUGCAGCCAAUGAGCACCUGGAGUUGUAUGACCGCAGUGUUAGUCAACCCGAAGGGAUAAUUGACCUGAAAUUGGCAAGUCAAGUGGUGAAGAUGGAAGAUCAAAUAGCAGCUGAAGUAGAAAGGAGACUGAAGAAGAUGGCUAUUGAUACUCAAACUGUGGCACAGCAACAACAAUUGUAUAAACAACCUCAACAACAGUUUCAGCAACAGGUACCAAGAAAAGCUGAUUGGGAGCUUGCCAUUGAGAAGAUGGCCGCUCAAAGCUCUCAAUUUCAAGAAGAGACUCGAAGUAAUUUAAAAAACACAGGUGCUUCAAUUAAGAAUCUUGAAAUACAUAUGAGUCAGAUAGCCCAACAACUAGCUGGUUCUCAACAACAUGGCGUUUUACCAAGUUCUACGGUUACUAAUCCAAGAGAAAAUAAUCAUGUGAAUGCGGUGACCACAAGGAAUGAGAUAAAAGAAAAUGAGGUUGCAAAUGAAGAGGUUACUAGUGAUGAAAGAGUGGUCAAAGAUAAAGUUAUAGAUCCAAAAUCGACCGUCAAACUGCCAUUCCCAACAAGAAAUAAGAAGAAAGGGCAGCAUGAGAAAAACUUUGAGAAGUUCUUGGAGAUGUUUAAAAAGCUUGAGCUAAACAUUCCGUUCUUGGAGACGCUUGAGCAAAUGCCUACCUAUGCAAAGUUCAUGAAAGAUAUCAUCUCGAAGAAACGGACCGUAGAGACUAACCCGAUUAUUCUAACGGAAACUUGUAGUGCCAUUUUGCAGGGUAUGAAGGUUCCGGUGAAAAAGAAGGAUCGAGGGUCUGUGACUAUUCCGUGUACCAUUGGAGAUAGAUCCUUCAAGAAAGCUCUAAUUGAUUUGGGAGCGAGUGUAAGUCUUAUGCCGCUAUCCAUCUAUAAGAGAUUGGGGAUAGGUAAAGUUCAAGAUACCAGAAUGACACUCCAGUUUGCUGACCACUAUGUGAAGAGACUGUAUGGGAUAGUAGAAGAUGUGCUAGUAAAGAUCGACAAGUUUGUGUUUCCGGUGGAUUUUGUCAUUUUGGAAAUGCCGGAAGAUGAAGAGGUACCAAUCAUUUUGGGGAGACCAUUUUUAGAGACCGGGAGAUGUUUGAUCGACAUAGAAGAAGGCACGAUGACUUUGAAAGUGUAUGAUGAAGAGUUAAAACUUGAUGUGUGA